UAUUCUUCCACCCAUCCGAUAAAACUAUUAUAUACUUACUUAUCAAUAAACUUUUAUUCACAGGGUUUUUCUUUCUCUUCCCUUCCACAUUAUUACUAUCAUAAUUUCCUUAUAUUAUUCGUAACUAUUUGUUCAUUUAUUUAUAUAUAGAUAUUUUUUUUUCUUUAUUUAUUAUAUAAUACAAAUAAUCAACAUGCUCAAAGACUCUCUGUUUAUAUUCCUUACACUUUGCACAACUACAAACGGAUUUAUAGCUUAUGAUUGUAGUGGAUCAUAAGUCAACAUCACGUCCUUCAACAGCUUAGAAGUGGACGACUGUGACAUACCAACGCCCGUCGAAAUCCAACACAUGCGAAGAAUAAAAUUAUUACAGAAAGCAGAAACACAACCCGUAUAUUUCCAAACAUGUUUUAUUUCCANCACAACUACAAACAAAUGUAUAGCUUAUGAUUGUGGUGGAUCACAAGUCAACAUCACGUCCUUCAACAGCUUAGAAGUGGACGACUGUGACAUACCAACGCCCGUCUAUCUAACACAUGCGAAGAAUAAAAUUAUUACAGAAAGCAGAAACACACCCCGUAUAUUUUUAAACAUAUUUUAUUUCCAUUAACAUAGAGUGUACUACACGCCUCUAGGAAAUAUAAUAUCCUCCUCAAAAAUUGAAACCAGCUACCACACUAUCCUGGUCUUACGAAAAUGCAGAUAAUUUCAUGAUGGUCGGAAUUUACAUUCCAGAAAUAUUCAAUGCACUACUAAACACCUCAUGUACCCGCAUUAAACUGAAACGGCCUAGAAAAAUCUAAUAAGACAGACAAUUGGUCAUGAAUUAAUAAAUCAAGGAUUUGACACUAGGAAUAUCAUAAGCGAACUAACAAUAAGUAACAUGGUCCAUUCUGAAUUACAAAAAUUUGGGAUAGGACAUGUCGCAUUCAGCCUCUUAGGAAUCUUUGUGAUAGGCAAAGUUUCUCUAAUGACUAUCAACACCAUACUGAAUAUAUCCAUCCUUUACAACACAUUUGGUUGGAGCAAUAAAUUAAUAGCGGGUAUUUUCUCCAACAUAACGCAUUAUCUAAUGCACAAGGAGAACUCGAACAGAUACAGGGCUGUUUCUACUACUAUCACCAACAAGACAACGGAAGAAAAACACCCUACUCCACAAUUGUAUCCAAAUCUUCGAAGAACUUCAAAAUAAAAUAAGUAUCCACCACACAUCACAUGCAUACGGACCCCCCUUUCAUAUUAUAUUCAUUUACUCUCUCCCCUUAUUAAUACUANACUACUAUGACCAACAAGACAACGGAAGAAAAACACCAUACUCUACAAUUGUAUCCAGAUCUUCGAAGAACUUCAAUAUAAAAUAAGUAUCCACCACACAUCACAUGCAUACGGACCCCCUUUUAUUUUAUAUUCAUUUUACUCUCUCCCCUUAUUAAUACUACAAUUUAAUAUUAAAUAUUGAUUUCUUUAUAAAAUAAUAUGCAUUGUUAUGAGGGCAUAACAAAAAAGAGACUGGGGUGGAUGUAAUGAUAUGCUAUUUAAGCUAUCAUACAUUAUGUAAAAUAAAAUAUUAUAAGUCAAACAAUUAACAACGGAAAUUAUAGUUAAACAUUUACAUCCGAUGACAUUCCUUUUUUCUUAUCAAAUAACAUAUAUUUUAGUGCGAUAUUUACUCAUCGUAAGGAGAUAAUACUUAAGCUAUCAUAUAUAAUUAAAAUAAAUUAUAUAGUCAAUAUUGUAAAAUAAUUAUAUUAAUUUGUAGCC